AUGAAUGUCACAGAGCUGAAUAGGCUGCUGCAAUCUGGCAAGCCGGCAUCAGAUAUAUGGAACAUCCUGGCCUCAAACAUCAAGCAAUCACUCGAUGCAAGUGAAUAUCCUGUAUUUCUUCAUUCGUCCCUACCGAAACUAUGCGAAGUGCUAUUUGGAGGUGUUGGAGCUCGCUCUGCAUAUGUUCGACAGAAAUUAUCUCGAACUGAUGCUAAAGGUCUGAUGGACUUCAUUGCCCCUGAGGGUACUCUGAUGCGUGCAAUCAUGAAGUCAAAUCCGGAUCCAAAUGCUUUAUACGAAAUUUAUAUCAAUCUGUUACCUAUACCAACGCAAAAAGUACUCCAAGAGGUAGACUUUUCAAAAAUGCCAAGGAUCUAUGAGAACAGAGUCCACGUUAAGGAACCUGCAGCAUCGUCGAGUCCAAGCAAAGCUCCUGUUGGACAUCUAGUACCAGCUCUAGGUCCAAUGGCAACACCGAGAGUCAUGCUGAAUAUGUUUGAAUACUACAUCAUGUGCUUCACAUACGUCGUGACAUUGUCAACCACCACAAAUCCCGUAGAGUUCGCCAUGGCCUCAAAUCCAACAUCAACAGCAGCAGAAGCAGCAAACGCCAUAAAACAUCUCUUCGAACAGAAGACAUCAACUUCCUCAUCAUCAUCAUAUCUAGAUCCGAUAUACUUUGACGUCCUGCAAAUGUAUCUAGACUUUUACCUUCCCCGUGAUCCAAAACUACCUCCUCUACCCAACACAUUGACAGGUGCUCUUACCAAACCAGCCGCUGCUAGACCAGAUGAUGGUUUACGUGCAAGGACUACAGGUGCACCUGUGCCACCACCAAAAGAUGCUGCCGGUGUAUCGUCUGCGGUCGCAGGAAGGUUGCAGAAUGCGUUGCAUUGGACGACUUCUCCUACCGCCAAACCAACCGCUUCUGGUUCUUCUCAAAGUGCAUCAAGUGGUUCUGCAUCAAGGAAGAAGGAGAAUGUAUACACAAUAUCAUUGGAUGUAGCUCCUCAAAAGAGAAACGACCUCUGUCAUGCCAUGUCAGAGUUUGUGGUGGGAGCAUGUGUAGAGUAUUGGAUGAGCCACAACGAUUACUUGGAAUUUCAAAACAUUACAAACCGUACGCAUGUGCUUACAUACACGCAACCGUCAGGUCAUACACUGAAGGGUGUAAUGAUGCUGAUACAACAUGUCAUCAAUAUGGACUUGCGCAGUAUGUCUCGCACGUUCAGUCGUGAUACUGGUGGCCAAGACGUUUACUAUGUUUGCAGAAGGAAUGCCUAUUCGGCUCUGGGAAGCAAGCUGUAUGGAUUUCUUCAGUUGGCGCUCAAGUAUUGGCCUGAUGACGAGCAGUUCGGAAUGAUUGUGGAUAUGUGGCUCACGUAUAUAACCCCGUGGAGAGUCAAGGCUACAGGAGCAGGAGUCGAUCAGGAAUGGCUUCUCUUUGUCGCAGAAAACUAUGUAUAUUACGCUGGCCUCUUGAAAACAUUCCUGCAACGAGCAGAACGUUUUGAUUUGGCUUCUACAGCUCGACCUGUAAUAGACGCUAUAGCAGCACGUCGAACAGCUGCCAUCGCCGCAACAGCACAAAGCGGUGGUGCUGCUCCAAACCCAACUAUAAAACCGAGACCAACUACCACUCGUCAUCACUUACAGCUAUUACAACGUGUAUUAUCAACAUUCACAGAAACACCUCAUCUACUAGACGCAUUGCGAGAUAUCGAAACAACACUAGGAAGUUACACUGAAGUCAACACUUUUGAUCGUAGUGGUCUGCCCACCAUGGCACCUGUCGGUACUCCCGCUAAUGGAGGCGUCACUCCAUUCAAUAGUGCUCUGAAGCGAUCCGCGGGAACAGGUGGCUUGAAUAUGCAAAAGCAGGCAUCGCUUUUAGCAGUGUCUCUCAAGUUUCCAGAGUUGGGUAAUGCUGGACCAGUGAUAAAGAGCUCCAUACAAGCUUUGGAGGGAACGUCUGAUUGGAAGCCUAUCUUCUCAGGUUCUGUUGAUCCUGAUGUUCUUCAAAGACGACUUGCUUUACUGAAUCGUAUAAGCUUUGAAACGUCACGCCUCAAAGCGUAUAUGGAACAGAAUGUCACUCCAACACGACUACAACCUGAAACUCCCAGAGAGAUUCGACGACCGUCAUUUCAACAAGUAUCCCUCAUGUCUCCUGGCUCAAGUAUAUCAACUCCAUCCACACCAACUCCGUUAUAUAGAGCUUCUGCACUACCACCAUCUCUACGAUCACCAGUACCUGAGACACCAGGUCCGGCUCCAGCCACUCCUGGCACUGGCAAUGUAUCACCUGUAAUUACACCACCACCACAAUCACUAUAUAAUACUCUCCCCGAACGUCCACCAUCAGACGCAGGUGCCCUUGCAUUCAUAGUAUGGAUUAUAAUAUGUAGUAUAGCGAUAGUAUCACGAGGAUGGGAAAUGAGUCUCAAGUUAUGGCAAUCAGUGAAACAGGAGACUGAAAACCGAUCUCCGAAAAAGGAACGAGAACAAAGAACACAAAUACUUUCUCAAGUCAACACGUCACUAGAAGGUACCUCAGCACUUAUACGACGAGUAUGGGAUUUAGCAGGCUCUUCAUCAGAAUCUGCCAUGUCUGUUGGUGCUGCAUUGGCUGCUGAAUCUUCAUCCGUCUUUGGCGGACAACAACAGCAGGACGGAUUAUUCAAUGACUUUUGGGUUGAAGAAGAGGAGGAAGGAGUAUCGAGAAUGUAUGGGCCGAAUUGUAUGUAUGCUCCAGAGGUACGGGCUGAUAAUCCUACGUUGCUUACUCGUCGUGGUAGAAUGCAGAUACGAAAAGGAUUACGAUUAUGUGAUCCAGCAACACUGCCCAUUCGACCAAGUGCUCGUGCAGAAACCAUGCCACACACAUAUGAAUUCGAACUACUUGUUCGAUUGACUAUGUGGAUGAGUCGACAGCUUGAAAUACAGUGGGACGCACUACGAGAAACAACGCCAUACCUCCCCAAACUUCGAUUCACAUUCUUACGUAUCUUUGCCGCCAAACCAAACUUGGCUUUCUUCGCCUUGGUGUAUAUUGCAUGGUGGGUGGUAUCGUCGUUUUGGAGUUGGAUUAGUAUGGGGUCGACGACGACGAAAAUUAUUCAGUUGCGUCCAUGA